AUCUUAAAUGUCAUUGUCAUCCAAAUGAACUAUUGUCGAAUGUCGAUUUCUUAUUUCUUUGUCCCUAUAAUAAUUCAAUCAAUAAGACAAUUCAAGCAAGACAAAGGCGUUAUUAAUUUUUCGUAUGAUAUACCAGUGAACAAGUCUAUUAGCUAAUUAAGUAUUAACUAUACAAUUUUCCAAUAAUUGAGACAAUUUUUCUUUGUUUAGCUCUGUGUUUUCUUCAGGAUGAAAUUAUUGAUAUUUGUUUUGAUAAUAAAAAUAAUAGCCGCAAGUAAACCUGAAGUCGGCCCUGGGUAUGAUUGCGACUACUGCCAGCCGGAACAAGUACAUAUAUCCUUCGGAUCAAACACCAAUGACAUAGUAGUGACAUGGACUACAUACAACGACACACAAGAGUCACGAGUCCAGUAUGGAGAGAAGGGCAUGGACAAGGAAGCGUUGGGGUUCAGCACGCUGUUCACAGACGGUGGUAAACUGAAAAGGAAGAUGUGGAUCCAUCGCACUCUGCUGCCUGAUUUGAAGUUUGACACUAGAUAUGUGUAUCACGUGGGUUCAGUGUACGGAUGGUCGGAGGAGUUUACCUUCAAGACUCCUCCAAGCGGCGAGGAUUGGACGGUUCGAGCUGCCAUCUAUGGGGAUAUGGGUAACAAAAAUGCACACUCUCUGUCGUACCUGCAAGACGAGGUCCAGCGCGAGCACUUCGACGUGAUCCUGCACGUGGGCGACUUCGCCUACGACAUGGACACCGACGACGCUCUAGUGGGCGACGAGUUCAUGCGCCAGAUACAGCCGCUCGCCGCCUACCUGCCCUACAUGACCUGCCCCGGCAACCACGAGUCCAAGUACAACUUCAGUAACUACCGCAACCGGUUCUCGAUGCCGGGCCCUCACGAGAGCCUGUACUACUCGUUCGACCUGGGCCCUGUGCACUUCAUCUCUAUAUCCACGGAGGUGUACUACUUCCUGCAGUACGGACUCAAGAUGCUUGUCAACCAGUACGAGUGGCUCCGACGGGACCUGGACAUAGCCACGAGUCCUGUCAACAGGGCCGCCCGCCCCUGGCUGGUAGUGAUGGGGCACAGGCCGAUGUACUGCAGCGAUGCGCGCCCCGACUGCGUCGUCCACGCGCUGCCCAACCGGGCUGGCCUCCCGCUGCUCGGCUUCGGCCUGGAGCCCCUGCUGAAGGAAUACGGCGUGGACUUAGUGAUCUGGGCGCAUGAGCACAGCUACGAGCGCACGUGGCCGCUGUACGACGGAAAAGUGUACAAAGGCGUGCAGGAACCCUACCUUAACCCCAGAGCGCCGGUGCACAUAGUGACCGGUUCAGCUGGUUGCCAAGAAGACACUGACAAAUUCCAGCCGAACCCCCCGGCGUGGUCCGCGUUCCGCUCGAGCGACUAUGGCUACACGCGCUUCGUGGCUCACAACCGCACGCAUCUCUACAUCGAACAGGUUGACGUGGACUUGAAAGGACAAGUGAUAGACUCGGUGUGGAUCGUGAAGGACAAACAUGUACCUUACGAACUUUAACCUUAUAGGAUGCCAUACUCCAAAAAUCCGAUGUGAUAUCGUUUUGUAUACUUAAUACGAAUAGUAUAGUAGUACUAAUAAGUGUAUUUAUAAUUUUUAAUUGCAAAAGAAUUUUCAGAAAUCAAUUAUAGUUUUAUUGUUAAUCUGUGCUAUUAUGUAAUUAAAUACCAAAGAUCAUUUACGUAAAGUGAAAUACAUACCUAGAUAUUUCUUUAAUUUUUUUUUGUCAAUAAAAUUGGUUUUUAUU